AUGUUUGACCUGCCGAAUGCCAAGCGCGUUCGCCGCGACGAAGUCCAGUCGCCGGCCUCGUCCCGCUCCCCGUCCCCGGUCGACGAGUCUGCCAUCCGAGAUGCCCAAGCCAGGCUUGGCGAGCUACUCAAUCUCGAUGCUUUAAUUGGAGCCGGCUCUAUAUCGGAAGAGACCAAGGAGCCCCAGCAGCCCGCACCAACCGCCAAGGAUGAGGAUGAAGAGCAGGAGUUCGAGUUCCGCCUGUUCAGUGCACCCGCCAAAGCUAAGGAUACAACUACAAAGCCCGAGGCGGAAGAAAAGUCUACGAAGGACAAAGGCGCAGAGCUCGGGAAACAGAGUGGGGGUACUCAGAAAUUACGCAUUCGAUUGAGAUCCCCCUCGCCCUCGACAAACCCCGCCGAUGGCCGAUUCGUCAAGGCCUUCCGCGGCUGGCAAUACUAUUUCUCCACUCCUUCCCUGUACGGUCUCAAAGAUACUGAAGAUGAAGAUGAACAAGAGGAAAGGAGGCGCCAGUUCGAAGAGAUCGCCGUGACCGGAGACCAUAUGACGACGUGGGCCAAGUCCCAACCCUGGCCCGGAUGCCAUCUCCCAUGGCGAGUGACUCGCCUCAAACGUCAUCAAACCAAGCUGCCCCCCAAAUCCACAGACAUCCCAGUCUACAUGGUUGAAGACGCACCUGCGACAAAAUCACCAUUGACACGCAAGAAGCCCGGCAAGAAGCGUCGUGUUCAAUUGCGCAAGAAGGUCCAAGCAGCCAAGGUCGCCCAGGAAAAUGAAGCCGAGAAGCGGAACCGCAAGAACCGAGAACGGAAGCUCAAGCGUCGACAGAAGGCGCGAGAGGAGAAGGCCGCUGAAGCGGCAGCGAACGGCCAAGAUGUUCCAAUGGCAGAUGUCGAUGGGGAUUCAUCUGGGGGAGAGUGA